AGAGGCAAAGACAUGAGUCCGGCCACCGCUAAUUGGACCAAAGAAUCGAUGGAAGUAAACUCGUUUACGAUGAUGAUGGCGUAAUUGAAAGAAAUACGAUCAAAAUCACAAUCAUAAACAACAACACCAACUCUCAUUCCUCAUAAACAUAGAGAUAAACCUCUUUCUUUUUCUCUUCUCUUAAUCUCAAUUACCCACUUUCCUUCUUCACAUGAUCUUCGAUCCUUUGCUCUGUGCUUGACGCCGUCGCCCCAAAAUCAACACAUUCUCUCUUUCUUCAACUCUUGGAACCCCCAACACUUGAUACAAACCCCCACUCGCCUCUUUUUAGGUGUUUCCAGAUUUUACUUGACCCUGCGGUGAUGGAGCUCCUCACCAGGAUGAUUUAGUUUAUAUGCACUUCAAAUUUGAGCUCUUAGAAUCGUAGAGAUUCAAAUUGUCUUGGACGAAGUUGGAAGAAUGCCUAUGAAUUUCUUUCCCUCUGAAUUAAAUAGGAAUGUGGAUAGAUGAAAAAGGCACACUUGAAAGACUUUUACUAUAAAAAUAGAGAGUAACCUGGAGAAAGAAACAGAUGGAAGAAUUUUCUAAAUAUGCUCAUAGUCCCGCUCAUUUAGCAGUUGCACGUCGAGACUAUGUUGCUCUUAGAUUCAUUGUCUCCAUGCUUCCACGACUAGCCAAGGCAGGUGAGGUCAACACCGAAGCGGAUUCAAUUGCAGCAGAGCUACAAGCUGAUGCUGUAUCUGCUGUUAUUGAUCGACGUGAUGUUCCAGGACGUGAGACACCUCUCCACCUUGCAGUACGACUUUGCGACCCAAUUUCUGCAGAGAUUUUGAUGGCUGCAGGAGCAGAUUGGAGCCUUCAGAAUGAGUAUGGUUGGAGUGCUCUUCAGGAGGCAGUUUGCAGUAGAGAGGAUUCAAUAGCUAUGAUUAUUGCACGGUACUAUCAGCCUCUAGCUUGGGCAAAGUGGUGUCGUAGGCUUCCUCGCAUUGUUGCCUCAGCAGGUCGGAUACGUGAUUUUUAUAUGGAAAUGACAUUUCAUUUUGAGAGCUCUGUAAUUCCAUUUAUUGGACGAAUAGCUCCAUCUGAUACAUAUCGGAUUUGGAAGCGUGGUCCCAACCUUCGUGCAGAUAUGACCCUAGCUGGUUUUGAUGGUUUUCGAAUACAACGUUCUGACCAGACAUUUCUCUUUCUUGGAGAAGGCUACUCAUCGGAUGAUAAAGUCCUUACUUUGCCACCUGGUUCUUUGAUCAUUCUUACCCACAAAGUGAAGGAAAUUACAAAUGCUCUGGAAGGAGCUGGUGCACAACCAACUGAUGCCGAAGUUGCUCAUGAAGUGGAUUUAAUGUCAAGGACAAAUAUGUAUAGACCAGGCAUUGAUGUAACUCAGGCUGAGUUGCUUCCUCAUUUAAAUUGGCGACGUCAAGAAAGGACUGAGGUGGUUGGAAGUUGGAAAGCAAAAAUAUAUGACAUGCUUCAUGUAAUGGUGAGUGUGAAAUCAAGGCGGGUUCCUGGUGCUAUGACUGACGAAGAGCUAUUUUCUGCAGAUGAUGAUGAUAGAUUAGCCCGUGUUGGUGAACAUGAUGAAUACGACGAUAUAUUAACAGUUGAGGAGAGAAAGCAAUUGGAUUCAGCGCUUCGUAUGGGGAACUCAGAUACCCAUCUUGAAUAUGAGGAGCAACGGGUUAUAGAUAGUCAGGAAAAUGGAUCCAUAGGUUCCUGUGAUAGUUUUGAGUCCAAUGGUAUUGGCAAGGAAAAGAAGAGUUGGUUUGGUUGGAACAAGAAAACUGCAAGGAGUAACAGUAAUGAGGUAGAUGAUUCAAAGGUCUUGAAGAAAUUUGCAAAGUCAGGCCCUGAAGGUAGCAAUCAUAAAGUAGUCGAGCCUCCAAAUUCUUCUGACUUGUCUUUUGAAGAUAUGAGGGAUAAUACCAAGAAGGGAAAAGAUAAAAGUAGUAAGAAAAAGAAGAAGAAAGGAGCCACUAGUGAGUCUAAAAAUGAGAGUGAGUACAAAAAGAGUUUGAGACCAGUCUUGUGGUUGACACAAGAUUUCCCAUUAAAAACUGAUGAGCUCCUGCCUUUGCUUGACAUCCUUGCUAACAAGGUGAAGGCUAUUAGGAGAUUAAGGGAACUUCUAACUACCAAGUUGCCUCCUGGCACAUUUCCUGUGAAGGUUGCCAUCCCUAUUGUCCCGACAAUUAGGGUUCUCGUUACUUUUACGAAGUUUGAAGAGCUUCAACCAGUGGAAGAAUUUGCGACUCCUCCUUCAAGCCCAGAUCAUUUCCAGGAUGCUAAAGUUAAGGAUUCAGAGGGAUCUUCUUCAUCAUGGAUUCCGUGGAUGAGAGGAAGUCGUGGUGGGCAAUUAAGUGAUGGCGAAAGCAAUAAGGAUGAAGUCGAUCCCUUCCACAUACCCCCAGACUAUAUUUGGGUCGAUGCUAAUGAGAAAAAACGGCGGAUGAAGGCAAAGAAAGCCAAGAGUAAAAAGCAUAGAAAGCACACAACCGCAAAAGGUGGAAGUACAGCAACUCAGGUGAGUGAAGCUAUGGAAGAAUAAUUACAUUACCAUUGCAGAAUUCUGAUUUGAGUUUCUUAAGCAAUAUGAUGGCACAAAUUCUGUUCCAUGCAUCAGCAUCUGAUCAUAUUAAUUUCUUUCUUCCUUCAAGUCAAUAUGUAGUGUAUGCUGAACACUUGGGAUGUUUUACCAAUUUUUCUUGAUUAUGGGUGUUGCCCGCAUUUCUUUCUGCCUUUCAUCUCCUCUUUCUUUUGUAAAUGUGUACACUUUGAUGUUUACUCAAAUAGGGUACCCGUCUGAAAUUGACUGCAUUCUUUCCUGUACCACUUGAUUUAUAACUUUUGAAAACCAUUUUUUUUUUCAGUUAAAUUGACACUUGAGCUUUUAGCUUGGCCUGUGUCGCUCCGGUUUCGGGGUAGGUUCAAAAUCGACCAAAACCAAACUCCUUGAAGGGUUAUUCGCAUAAGCGUGCAUGUGGAAUUCCUUUUUUGAUUCAUCUACUUGAGAGAAAAAGUGUCUCAGCUCUAUUAUCUUGUCCUAAUGUGAGACAACUGUUUGGUGGCAAUCUUUUCUAAGGAAAAGAAAGAAAGCUUUGGGUUGUUGUCAUAAAAUCUUUGCUUGUAUAAUAUAUGAGUGUAAAGGAAUAUUGUUCUGAACAAGGAAAGGAAUUAGUGUUGGAAUGAAGAUAAUGCCAAUGAUUUGGUUUAAUUCCUUUACCGAUCUAAAGUUGGGGUUUUCUCUAAAUGGUUGACUUUAGACCAAGUAUCUGGGGACAUUCAUCUUGUUCUUGCAAGCCAGUUUUUGAUAUGGGUUCUGUUGGAAAACCAGUUUUUGUUUUAUUCUUCUCUUAACUUUACAAAUUCCUUUUCUUUGUGUUGUCUGGUAUUGAGAUUUGAGGUGACAUUGUAAGAGUUGAUUAAUUGUUAUCGUUUGAAUGUCCAAAUGAGAAGUGGGAAGAUUUUAACUCUA